AUGGAACCAAACUGUGUUCUUAAUCCCGAGGCAUUUACUCACCUAGAAGUCCUGAGUUCUGAGGGAUUUGAUGCUGGCAGGCAUUUUGGGCAGGUAGAAGUAAGAGGCCUAGGUGACUGCUCCUUAGUGGAGUUCGUGAGAGCCCUGGUACAGGCACAAGAGGUGUCUAGCUACCCCAUCUGUGUGGAUAACUUGAAAGAUCCAGUAACCAUCAACUGUGGGCACAGCUUCUGUUGCUCAUGCAUCAACAUGACUUGGAAGGACCUAGGUGAUACCUUCCCCUGUCCUGUCUGCCAUUUUUGGUUUGGAGACAAGAACAUCAGGAGCAAACAGCUCAGUCACUUGACUGAAGUUGCUAAUUUACUCCAGAUCAGAAGGAGCACAUGGAAGGGGCAGGAAGAGAAUUCUGUGUGUGAGAAGCACAAUCAGUUUCUGACCCUUUUUUGUGGGAAGGACCUAGAGGUUUUAUGUACACUGUGCUGUUUCUCCAUUCAACACCAGAAACACUACAAUUGCCCCAUCAUGAAAGCUGCCUCUCAUCACAGGAAAGUUCUAGAAUGUACCAUUGAGCCCUUGAAGAGUGAUAUGGAACAAAUUGAAAAAGUGAUAACUCUGCAAGCCAGCCAAUCAGUUGAACGUGAGAAACAGGUUAAAUGUAGGAGAGAAGAAAUGAAUUCUGAAUGUGAGCAAUUUAGACUGUUUCUACAGAAUCAGCAAGAGGAUAUUCUUAGGCAGAUGGAAGAUGAAGAGAUGGACAUUUUAACAAAACUCUGUGAAAACUUUGUAACAUUUACAGAUCAUGCUUCCACACUGAAACAUCUGCUGAGGGAGGUAGGGGAAUCUUGCCAUGACAUAAGAACAACCACUCUGCAGAUGUGUUCAAGCAAGUUUGCUGCUGUUGGAUUUCGUAAAGCUUUGACUGAAGAACUGACUGCCUUAGAAAAAACUGGAGUCAAAACAACAUGUCUCUGCCCUAAUUUCAUAAACACUGGCUUCAUCAAAAACCCAAGAACCAGAAGAAUCCGGCACAAAGCUAACCUUCAUGUGGGCAAGGGUGCCCUCUCCUGGUAA